UAUAUAUUUAUAUAAACAUGUGGUUUAUUGUCAGCAAAAGCAAGGAGCUGAUAGUUUGAGGAAGCAAGAGAGGGCCGGGAACACCUCCCUCAAUGGGGCAGAUGUGAAACAGGUGACAACAUUUACAUUAUAUGGAACAGUUAAUAUCUAACUUUCUAAAUCUCUAAGACUAUAAACCACUUGCUUAUACAAUAUAAAGCUCCAACACUUACAAUAUUUCAGAAUUUAACAUGUCUUAUGACUACUUAAUCAAUACUCUGAGCUGGAAUUUUCCUGUUUAUUUGUGUUUUUCUCUUUAUUUUGAACUUGAACUAGUGCGUCUUUGUAGCUUGCAGAACUGUAGCUUCUAACUCAUACAAGAAAUUCCUUGAAAAACAAUUGAAUUUUUUGGAUGUUGUAUAAUUAAACAGUACAAAGACUCUUUUCUCUGGAGUUGGUUACAUAGAGCAGAAUAGUGUACAUAACAUUCAAAUGUGUAUCUGUUCUUAAACUUUAUCUGUGGCCCCACAAAUAAAGUUAAUGUUUAAUUAUCUCUGCAUGUGUUAUAUUUAUCGUGUGCAAUAGUCUAUCCUUAAUGAUGUCAUAAAAUGUGUCAUUUGAUCAAAAGCGUUUUGCACUAAGGUGCUCUCUUUUGUCUUGUACACAAGUCACUUGAUAAAUCUGGAUUAUGGCGAAGAGUAUGAAACGGCUGUGGGAUUACAGAAAUUAUGUGAUCACCAUUACGACACCUUUUCUGAUCCUGCCUCUACCUCUUAUCAUCAAGACUUCGGAGGCUAAGUGUGGCUUUGUGUUCAUCCUGAUGAUUGUGUACUGGUGUACAGAGUGUCUGCCACUGGCAAUAACUGCUCUCCUCCCUGUUAUGUUCUUCCCUAUGAUGGGCAUCAUGACAGCUGAACAGGUCUCUAUCCAGUACUUCAGUGAUACCACCAUGCUGGGAGUUGGUGGGUUGAUGGUGGCCAUAGCUGUAGAACAGUGGAAUCUCCACAAACGCCUAGCCUUGGCCAUGGUUCUGGUGGUGGGGGUGAAGCCAGCAUUGUUAAUGUUGGGGUUCAUGAGCACCACAGCCAUCCUCUCCAUGGGGAUCUCUAACAUAGCCUCUACAGCUAUAAUGCUACCCAUUGUGCGUGCCAUGAUUGAGCACCUCAGUAAGACUGAGGCAGAGGUCGAAGUGAGGGAGCUACAGCAGAGCAGGGAAAUGGGGAUUUUACAAGUCCAAGAGAGCAAGGACGGAAUCUGCAACAUACAGGUGGAGCCAAGUCCUGAGGAACUGUUAAAUGCUGAGCAGAGGAGGCUAAAGCACGACCAGAAGUUUCUGAGUCUCACAAAAGGAAUGAGUAUGAGUGUGUGUUAUGCUGCCAGCAUCGGCGGUACGGCUACACUCACCGGCUCCAUCCCCAACCUCAUGCUUAAAGGCCAGAUUGACAAGACAUUUCCAGAGAAUGGGGAUGUGAUCAACUAUGCCUCCUGGUUUGGAUUUUCCUUCCCCAACAUGGUGCUGAUGUUGAUUCUCUGUUGGCUAUUGCUGCAGUUCAUGUAUUUGGGCUUUAAUAUGAAAAACACGUAUGGUUGUGGAAUGAUCAGGAGCAGUCAGCAAGAGGCCUAUCAGGUAAUAAAGUACGAGUUCAGAAAGCUCGGCAGCAUGAAUUUUGCAGAGUCCUGUGUAGUCAUGCUUUUCAUACUGCUGGUUCUGCUGUGGUUCACGAGGGAGCCUGGCUUCAUACCUGGCUGGGCCUCGCUACUCUUCAAUCAAGAAAAAAAGUUCGUCACAGAUGGCACAGUCUCCAUUUUUGUAACCUUUAUGUUUUUCAUAAUACCCUCCAAAUUUCCAAGAUGUUGGCAUGCUGGUUCUUUAGAGAUAACUGUGUCGACCGAUUCACUAUUAGGCGGGGGUGAAGUAAAGACUCCUGCCAGCCUGCUAAACUGGGAUGUGGUGCAAAAGAAAAUGCCUUGGAACAUCCUGCUGCUGUUGGGGGGAGCUUUUGCACUUGCUAAAGGCAGCGAGGUAUCCAACCUGUCUUUCUGGCUUGGACAAAAUCUCCUGCCUCUGGGGAACAUCCAUCCAGUAGCUCUCUCCUUUGUGCUGUGCCUUGUGGUGACUAUGCUCACUGAAAUCUGCAACAAUGCCGUAAUCAGCACUGUUUUCCUGCCUAUUCUGGCUUCCAUGGCAACUGCUCUUAAGGUACAUCCACUGUCCAUCAUGCUGCCCACCAGCAUCAGCUCCUCAUUUGCCUUUAUGUUCCCAGUGGCAACACCACCCAAUGCCAUUACAUUCAACUAUGCCAACCUCAAGAUUAUGGACAUGGCAAAGCCUGGACUUGUACUGAACCUGCUGGGGGUAGUCUGCAUUAACUUUGCUGUCCAGACUUGGGGUACAGCAAUGUUCCAUUUGAACGAAUUCCCUGCAUGGGCUAACGUCACUACCUCCCAGACUGCAUAACUGAACACUGCUUCCUGCUUCUGCCAGCCUAUCCCUGAGCACAGGAGAAGAAAGAAGGAGAGCAACACAGAAAGCACAAAUUACCAAGGAUGCGAACUGCAGAAGGGAUGGAUUCCAAAGGUGGAGAAAGCAAAACUGUCCAGUUUUUAUAAACCGUAGACAAUUUUGAUGACAGAAUGAUUUAAAGGACAUUAUUCUGUUCACAUACUACACUGAGUUGCUUGUUUACUGGGUGCAUUUUCCUAGAGGCAUGUUGUGCUGGGCAUAAAUUUACCUGAACAUGGAUUCUAUAAGGUGUAGGAAUGUUAUAUCAUCCAGAAACAACUGUUCUUUGCAGCUAAUAUCAGUGAUGCUUGAUAACAUAAUUGAGACCAGGGCAGUGAGCAAGCCACUGAAGCAUGUAAAAUUCAUGUUCCAGGAAUCAUAAAAUCAUACAGUGAGUAUACACCUUUUUACAUACAGAUACACCAUCCCAUUCAAAUCUUUUUUCCAGGAGGUGUCAGAAGCCCUAACAUCCCACAUCAUCACAUUGCCAACACUGUCCUGUACCAUACACACAUAGAAGAAUGGCUCUGGAGAACACAGGAGAUGCGUUUUCUUUUGCUUAACUGAUGACAUUGGUGCUCAAAAUGAUCUUUGCCUGUUGAAAGACAAAAUUUGUGUGAUCUGAAAUGCAUUCCAAAGUUAAAUUCAGGUGCUUCGGGCCAACAGUCGCAUACGUUAGCGUCGCAGUCAAAGUUACUAACGUGAAUCAUUUUGCCAAUUCCAACUCUAACUUGAAGGUAAUGCUAGUAGAAAUGCCAAUCUACCGGAUUUAUACAAAAACAACACAAUCUUGUGAUGUAUGGCCUGAAAUAUACACCGCUGUAUAUUUAAAUUAUUUACUAUUUAUUAAACUUGCUCCUUAGUGAAAAUGAAGAAGUCAUGUAAGCACGUCAUCAAUACUUAUGGAAGAAUUCACAAGCAUAUGGAAUAUGGACAGGACUCCAUAUAAAGUUCUAAUUUAUAAGUAGCCCAUGCUAGAAGUAGUACAAGCCAAAAUAUUAUCCACUUUUUUUUUGCUGCAAAAUGCACACACAUAACAUCACACACAUGUUACUGUUUGUCAUCUUCCAAUGUUUGUUAUGCCCUAAUGUCAAGAUCGUUCACAAUAAAUUCCAUGAGUUUUACAAGUG